AUGGCAGCAGAAAAAGCAGAAGAUGAAAAACAGAGAGAGUUGACUAAACCACAGCAAGUAACAUCUGAUGAGAAGUGCAACAUCAAAGCAUCUGCCAUCAGGGACAUUCUAGGAAAAUGGAAAGAAGUUCAAGACUUCUUCAUACAACACCAUCCCAACCAGCUUGAGGCUCAUCAGGCUGUGGAUGUUACAGAAUCUGUUUGUGGCAGGCAUUUCCAUAAUCUCCUCAAGAGCAAAGAAAAGCAGACAACAAUUCACAGAUUCUUCUCUCCUGAGAAAGCUGGGCCAUCAGGUGUCCAGCCUGGGCCAUCAGGCGUCCAAGCUGGACCAUCAGGUGGUCAAGCUGGGGCAUCUGGUGUCAAAAAGAGGGCAAUUGGUGAUGAAAGUGACUCUGACUGA